AUGGGUUGUGGUAAUUCGAAGAUAGAUAAAGAAGAGAUUGUUAGAAGAUGCAAGACUCGAACAAGGUUGAUGAAGCAGUUGGUAAAAUCCAGGCAAGCCUUUUCCGCUUCUCAUAAUACUUACAUAAUCUCUCACAGAAGUGCAGGCACGGCUCUUCUUCAAUUUGUUACUGCUUUCGCCGGAAAAGAUGACUAUAACGUACCUCCGACGCCUACAGUUGCACCCUCUUCGUCCCGGUUGGAAACAGGGGAUGACUGGAAAACAAAAUCUGAAGUGGUCACUACAGGAAACUUCAUAAAGACGAUGAUAACUGAGUUUUCCAACAAUCCUGAAAUUACAUCGGAAAUUGCUGUCGUGAUGCCUGCGAAAAGCAAUGAUCUUGUUGAGAUUAUGAGAGAGAUCAAUGAACUCUUUGCUACUGCGGCUGAUGCCUGUUCUGAGGUGUCGUCUCUUUUGGGAGUUUCUUCUUUUUCUCGCUCCACCAGUCACAGUUUUGAAGGUUCUAAGGUUUAUGGGCAUUUGAAUCAGUCUUUGUGUUCAAUGGGGUUAUUGAAGAAAACAGAUUCACUGGAGCAGUUUGAGGAAUCCAUUGAAGGCGAAGAAGCUUCUAGUUGGAGUGGGAGUCAUUCUUCCACACUUUCUAAGCUCUAUGCUUGGGAGAAGAAGUUGUACUUGGAGGUGAAGACUGCUGAGACUUUAAAUUUGGAGUAUCAGAAGAGAAUUGUUCAAAUGAGGAAGUUUGAAUCUAGAAAAACCGAGGGUGUUAAAACAGAGAAGACGAAGAAAGAACUCGAGAAACUAGAAUCGAGAAUCAUGGUUACUUCUCAAACCAUUGAGACCAUAUCUUCGGAAAUCUUCAAGUUGACUCAAUCAGAUCUCUACAUGCAUCUGGUUGAGCUUGUUAAAGGAUUAAUGGGCAUGUGGAGAACCAUGCAUGAAUGUUACACGAAACAGAUGCACAUAGCUAAGCAGCUAGAACGCUUGAUCAAUGUUGUCCAUUCAUCAUCACCAUCAGAGAGUCACUGGCGAUCGACUUAUCAGCUCGAGCAGAAACUCCAACAAUGGCAACUAGCUUUAUACAACCUUGACAAGGCACAAGGCGAUUACGUUGAAUCUCUUGUGGGGUGGCUCCAGCUCUGCAACAGUCCUAUAACGUGGAGAAUCUAUACAAUCUGCGAAGAAUGGAGCCUAUUGAUCAAGCGGGUUCCAAUGAAUUUGGCAUUGGAUGGUAUCAAGAACUUGUUAGGAUCAAUCCGGUCUCUUAUGGUUCAACAAGAAGAAGAGCAGAAGCUGGAGAGGAGAUUGGAGCUGAUAAAGAAAGAAGUGGAGAAGAAAGAGUUGGAACUUAAAUUGCUUGAAGAGAACAAAUACAAAUACAAGCAAUAUUCAACAAGUGAGGAUGGGAACAAGGAACCAGAGGUGGCAUUGAAGCAGACAAAGGUUGAGUCUUUGAGGGGGAAGGCUGAAGAAGAAAGGGCUGAGUAUGUGAAAAUGGUGACCGCAACUAAGAUGCGAACAUUCACCAUCUUACGGACAGAAUUGGCCCCACUGUUUCAGGCAAUGUCUGAUUUUGCCCGGGAAUGUACUCUAUCAUUUGAGUUUGUCCAGGAUAAGGCUAAAACCGUAGGAGGAGGAGGAGAAGGACACGAUGUGAAGAUGUUAGUUCCGUGAUCAAGUGAUGAUUGUAUCUUUAGGGUUUAGCUAUGAAUGAUGAUUUUGAGAGAAUAAAAUGUAUUAAACUUGCAUUUGGUCUCAUGUUAGUUGUAAAGUCUGUUUUUGUUUAUGCCUCUUACCUUAUAUAAGAGGAUAUUAUUAUGUUUUAUGGGUAGUUCAUGAUAGUUUACUAUGA